AUGGAUAACGAUAACCCAUAUUACCAGGAAGACGUGGUUGCCUACCGCUCGCUGAGCACCGUAAAGGACUUGGAAUGGCGGCACUUGAAGAACAAGUGCCAGAAGCUACGCCUGGAAUUGGCCUGCUCUCGCCUUCGGGAGCUGGCCCUGAUGUCGAAUGUGGUUCAAAUUAUUUGGCAUGUGGAACUCUUGAUGGUAGCUCACGUGAUUCUGCUGCUAGUUCUAGUCAAGGAUGUUAUACUGGCGACCAUGGUACCCUACUUUGCGAUUAUGCUUUUCAGUCCCUUCAUUAUGCUUUUGAGCAUGCAGAAGAACGUUGGGAUGAUUACGAAUACGCUCAUCUCAUGGCUGAUGGCACUUUUUCUAACCUCUAUGGACCUAUUUUCUGACCUCCUGGGGACCAUCUAUAGUGGUGCAGCGUAUCCCACUGUGCCUUGCUACGACCACGUAGUCCUGGUCAGUGUCUACAUGACUCUACCCAUCGCAUUCUACCACGGAAGCUCAGUAUAUGUCCUGGGAAUGGUGGUAUCCAUAGUUUAUAUCGGCUACGCUUUCUAUAUGCAGUAUCUCAAUGAUCAAAUUUCCUUUUUCCUACUCUCCUCCUAUGCCAUAUACCUCCUUACCCUCAACCUGAUCUUUUCAUUUUUCACUAUAAUCAGAGACUACGGCCUUAGACGAGCAAUACUUAGCCGCUACCAGUUGGUAUACCAAAAUAUUGUCUAUCAGCUGGUAAUGAAAAAGGAGAAUGGCUUGUUAGAGUCGAUUUUACCACGCAAAAUGAUUCGCACAUUGCAGGAGGAAAUCUGCAGCCGAAUUGAGGAUCAGGAUAGGAACUUCACUCCUCCUAAGUCGGGAUUACGGAAACUGUUCUUGGAACCCUACCCGGAUGUUUCCAUUUUGGUAGCAGACAUGGUGAACUACACGCAUCUGACCACCACUCUGGAGGCUCCGCAACUGGUGGAGAUUCUGCACGACCUGUUUGUGAACUUUGACCUGGCUGCCAAUCGCAACCGAGCGAUGCGGAUCAAGUUCCUGGGAGAUUCCUAUAACUGCGUGGCGGGCAUCCCGAACUACUUUCCCGCACACGCCUCCUGCUGCGUUGACCAGGCGCUGGAGAUGAUCCAUAUUACGCAGGGCGUGAGUAGCCGGCGCGAGCUGGACAUCAACCUUCGAAUUGGUGUGCACUCGGGUGAGGUGUUUGCAGGAAUCAUUGGGCACACCAAAUGGCAGUUUGACAUCUGGUCCAAGGACGUGGACAUCACCAAUCGGCUGGAGACGUCCGGGCUGCCGGGACUGGUGCACGUCUCCCAACGGACCCUGAGCAUGCUGGACGAGCACUAUAUAUUCAGAGAGGGCACCGAGGCAGCCAAGAAUGAUCCCAUCCUGCAGCAAGCGGGAAUCCGCACCUUCCUGGUCAGCAAUCGACUUCCUGACUCAGUGGAGCCCGGCGAACUGGAGGACGAAUUGAGCAGCGCCUCCAUAAACUCAUGCCGCCUGAGCUACGGAGGAUAUUACGAGGAGAUCCAGAUCAAGGCGCAGCGCGAGAUAAUGAAGGAGGUGGAUCAAAUGGCGGUAGGGCACUGCUUCAUAGAAUGGAGACGGAGCAGCUCGAUGAAGAAAAAGGACUUCAAUGAGGAGUACCUGUUCAGCAACCAGAUCCACAUCGUGCUGGGUGUGUUCCGCAGCUGGAAGAGGGAGUGGGAAUUCCAUAACCUGCCUGACCUCAUGAUGAAGUACACCAUGCUCUUAGUUCUCUGUGCUGGAAUGGCUAUAAUGAGCAUUAACCUAAUCGAAGAAGCUACAUACCCAGAUCUUCUGGUCUUGCUCGGAAUUCUUCUCGUACUGCUGAUCCUGUGCAUUCUGGCUGGAUACAAGAAGCUUCGGCUGCAGUGGAAGAGGCUGACGCCCAUGUCGCAGCCCUCUUGCUUUCUGAGUCGCUGGUUUCUCAGGAUUUCGGAAAGAAUCGAAGACUCCCUGUUCGUAAGGGUUCCAUUGACCAUUUUGGUACUGCUCCUGCUCUACGUUAUGUCCUCUCAAGCAGUGUUUUCCUGUGAUGUAGCGAAACUGGAACUGAGUAUUAUAGAAGCCCACCUACAUAAUGAGAAGUCGUAUGCGGGGUGCUUCGGUCCAUGGACUGUCACUUACUGUGUGGUCAUCGUGAUCAGUCUUCUGUUUGUCGUCCCGGGAUGUCCGCUGGUGAUAAAGAUACUCGCCGGCCUGCUCAUCCUCGGACUCCAUUUGGGCACCGUCCAUUUAUACUACGGGUUUGCCUUUGAGAGAUCGGAGACCACUGAUUUAGGACUUAAGUCGGACUACGCCCACACCUGGUAUCUGGUGGCUCUCUUCAUUGUUCUGGUGUUGCGGGAACGUCACGUCAACUACCUCCGGAAGUUUAACUACUUCAUGCGCGUUUGCUACGAGGAAGCCCACCAGCAAACUGAUGAAAAGCUGCGCUCCAUCAAGAUCAUUAUGGCUAACAUCCUGCCCACCCACGUGGCGCAGGUGUACAAGGUGCGGCGACCCCACGACCAGCUCUACUACGAGAACUUCUCCAAGGUGGCCGUGAUGUUCGCCUCCAUCGAGAACUUUAACGCCGACACGGCGGGCCUGCGGAUCCUGCACGAGAUCAUCUGCUGCUUCGACGACCUCCUGGUUGACUACCAGACCAGGUACAAAAUCGAAAAGAUCAAGGUGAUGGGUUGGACCUAUUUGGUGGCCUGUGGCCUCGAAACGGACCACUACACAGACUUCUCCAUCGACAUUCCUGUCAAGCAACCGGAAGCUGAUUCGGAAAUGAGACGCAGAUCCAGCGUUCUGACUGUCCACUUUGGGAGUACCGAGGACGACGAAAUGAGCGGCGAUAACGUCAGCCAGCCCUACGCCCACGUGCAGGAUGUCGCCGUCUUGGUGAUGACCGAGUUCGCUCUGGACUUACUUCGCAUCAUGCACGACAUUCGGUACAACUACAUGUUCUCGGAGUACGACACAUUCUUAACGGGGAGCUUGAAGAUAGGUAUCUCCCAUGGAUCCGUAAUGGCCGGCGUUGUGGGACUCUCGAAACCCCACUAUGACAUCUGGGGUCAUACCGUCAAUAUGGCCUCCCGGAUGUCCUCCACUGGAUUGCUGGACAACAUCCAAGUGACCCGGCACACGGCAAAGGUGCUGCGACAAUUUAACAUCCGCUGCAACUACAGAGGGCACACGGAGGUGAAGGGAGUGGGCAAGGUGCCCACCUACCUGGUGGUCGUAGACCCGGAUCUCACAUUCCAAGAUCACGACCAAGUGAGCAUGAGUAUAAAGGACUCAAAAAGUUGGGUCAUCGACACUCUUUCACUGUCAUUCACCCCGAGCUUCGUGCCCCCAAAGUCUUCCACUUCGGAUGAAGAGGAGGCAGAAGGAGAGCUCGAGGAAAAUGAAUCUGAGGGUAAUGAGCUGGAGGUGUCGAUACAUGAGCGCCAAAAGGGAGGCAUCUUUCUGGCCGGGGACAUUCAUUAAU